UUCUUUUCCCCUCCCUCACUCGCGAAACUUCUUCUCGAGAAGAGGUGGAAGUCGGCGAGACGCAAAAACGAAGCCCAAAAGAGGAGAAGAGCAGAGGAGCUAUAAAGCAGCACCAACAAUCCGUUCGAUCUCGAUCGAGAGAGAGAGAGAGAGAGAGAGCAAGGGAUGGAGGAUUUCUGGUGGAAGAUAUAUCGGGGGGAUCCGGGGGUGCCGCACACCGACCCAGAUCGGAUCGUCAGCACAUGCGUGCGCACCUUCGCCUUCUCCGCCGUCGCCUGCUUCACCUCCUUCGCGCGGCAGCAGCUCUCCCACCACUUCAAUUGGGAUGACAGGGCCCUGAUGUUUGAUCACCAUCAUCGGAAGAAAGCUAUGGAGAAGCAGCAGCAAAUCAGUUUUGGAAAGAGUAAAUGAGCAAGCAAUCAUCGGAAUUAUCCUUCUUUAGUUGGCCAGUCCACAUCCACUAGCUGAAGUGCUGCUAAUAUGUUUCUUCGAGUUUCAUUUGGACAUGGAGUAAGUAACAAUGGAAUAAGUAGCUCUGAGUGUACAUGGUUUGGUUCAUCUGGAUAGGCUUUCAGGCGUGGAACUUUUGUGGAUGAUCAAGCUGCAUACCAUAUUCAUUUACUAAAUGUACUUGGAAUCACUUCUUUUUAUCAUCUUUUAAUUGUGCCAUUAAAUCAACUUUCAUUGCCUUGGUUGUUCAAAGAUAAUAUUUGUAGAGAAUAUGUUGACUAUUGUGGACCUUUGGUCCUUUAGUUUUAAAUGUUUCAUGGAGACCUUGAAUGGCAGACAUGCAUGUUCCUUGUCCA